AGAACAAGGAGCGGGAGCGUCAGCAGCGUCGGGAGUGGGAAAGGAGAGGACGCAAAGAGGAAAAGAAAAAAUGUAGAAAUGCAGGAAAGAAGGGGGAGAAGGAAGAUAGAGAUAGCAAGAAGCCGCCCGUGACUCUGGACUGGGAGGAAAAGGAGAAAUGCAAAUGGAGGGAGGACAUGAAGAAGUGGAGGGAAGAAGUGAAGGAGGUGAUGAAUUAUUUGAGGGAGGUGAAAGGGUGGAGGGGGGAUUUGAGACAGAUGAUGGGAGAGAUGAAGAAAAAGCUCAGGGAACAGGGGAAGUUGAUGAGGGGGGAGGUGGAGGAGUUGAGAAGAGAGUGUGGAGCGAGAGGAGAAAUGGAAUGA